AAUGAUCAUCUGUAGAGCUGAAGAGCGACGUGACAGGAGUUCGAUAACACCGUGAAACAGCACAUGAAUUAAAGGUCAGGUUUAAACUGUUGCCCAUCCUGUUGUUUUUUUUUUUCUUUAUCCAUUCAUUCACCACUCCUGCAUGUGGAAUAUCCCGAGGUUGAAACUGAACCUUGGACUUUUGAGUUUUGUCCUGACCACAAACGCAGCGCGAUAAGUCUGAGAAUGGGUGAAUGGGGAUUUCUGUCCAAGCUUCUGGAUAAGGUGCAGUCGCACUCCACUGUCAUCGGGAAGAUAUGGAUGACGGUGCUCUUCGUCUUCAGAAUCAUGGUGAUCGGUGCUGGAGCGGAGAAAGUGUGGGGGGACGAGCAGAGUAAAAUGGUGUGCAAUACCAAACAACCUGGUUGUACCAACGUGUGCUAUGAUCACGCAUUUCCCAUUUCCCAUAUCCGCUUCUGGACCAUGCAGAUCAUCUUCGUGUCCACUCCGACGCUCAUGUACCUCGGCCACGUAAUGCACAUCCUCCACAAGGAAAAGAAACUCAGGAAUUAUCUCCAGAAACAAUCCAAUGGUCAGGAAAACAAGCAGCCCAAAUACACCAAUGAAAAGGGAAAGGUGGAAAUUAAAGGUGACUUAUUGGCUAGCUACUUGACCAGUGUGAUCUUCAAGAUCUUGCUCGAGGCAGCAUUUAUAGCAGGGCAGUACUAUCUGUACGGUUUCGUGAUGGUCCCUAAAAUUGUAUGCACUCGAUACCCGUGUCCCUACACUGUAGAGUGCUUCAUGUCUCGUCCCACCGAGAAAACCAUCUUCAUCAUCUUCAUGCUGGUUGUCUCCUGCGUGUCUUUGCUGCUGAAUGUUAUAGAGAUGUUCUACCUGAUCUGCUGCAGAAGACGUAAUAAACUGAGAAUAAGCUCCUAAGGAAAGUGUCUCAUUCUAAAUGGACAAAAUGGCAAGAAGAAGAAUCUAUUUCAAAAUUCAUUUCGUCUAGCCAUCAAUUAAUUUUUUUUUGCUCAUAUUUCUAGAAAACUAGUCUGGUUUUAGUUUAAGACUUUGUUUACUUCACUGUGCACCUUUAUUUUUGCUUUUCAGACUUUGCAGACAUGUUUGUUUUAAAGUAAAGAAUCCUUGCAUUUGAAAUAAGUGUUUUUUCAAUACAAAAUGCAUAUUACCUCUAAAUGUAUAAUCUGUUUCAUUCAGCACUACUUGACUUCACCAACAUGGUUCCUUAAGGAAUCUAUGGAUAUUUAACAGUUCCAUACUUAUCAUUUUAUCCAUUAAUAUACUCUAUUUGUAUGUGAUCCUGAAACAAACCCUUUGAAAGACUGUGGCAUUUUUUUUAAUUCAAAUACAGCAUGUUUUUUUUUUUUCAGAAAUUAUGAAUGAAUUUCUUUAUUGGAAUUCAGCUUAACGUAGAUGUGAAUUUUCUUGACUUUUUCUUCAUUCUACACAAUUAUACAGGUCUACUAGGGGUUGAAUGUCAGUGAUCCACUGAAGCCAAUGAGACUGUUAGUGUGAUGAUAGGAAACUGAAUUAGGUUGAUGCGAUGGAGGAUUUUGUGAUAGCUGUGUAGGUUUGGAGCUCGUGACAGUUUAUAGAUGUUAUGACAGGAUGUUAAGGCUUUAAUUAUUUAUUUAAUAACGCAUGUAAAUAUAAAUGUCUGAUGAUACAAUCCCUGGUUGUGGUUAUGACAGUUUUUAAAACGUCAAAACUGUUGCUUUAAAUAAGACUACAAAAGCUUAAUAUAUCGCAAAUUUGCCAUAGGCAGAGAAAAGGCUGCUUAUUUGGAACAAACAGUGACCUCAUAUUUGACUCAUAAUGAGGGAACUCAUGCCAGGACAAAACAGAGGAAAUUAAGAGAAAGAAAAUUCUGAAGCAACAGAUGGGGAACUAAAUAUCUAGAAUAACACUCAAGUGACAGUUACUGAAAAUGCAUAUUAGAGCAAGAAAGACAGACAUACAGGUAGGCAGGCAGACAGACAGAGAGACAGGCAGAGAAACAGACAUUCAGACAGAUAGGCAGGCAGACAGACGGGCAGGCAGACUGGCAGGCAGAGAGACAGACAAACAGGCAGGCAGAGAGACAGACAAACAGGCAGGCAGGCAGGCAGAAAGACAGACAGGCAGACAGACAGGCAGGUAGAGAGACAGACAGGCAGACAGACAGACUUUUCUUUCUUUUUUAAAUCACUAUUAGUGCAUCCAACAGGAGGACCCUAAUAUGACAGCUGUACUUUGAUCAUUUGUGGUUGUCUGGCACCUCCUAGUGUUAGAAACCAUCAAUAAUGCCAAUGAAUUAAGCUCAGAAAAAGAACAUCCAGCAAACAAAAGAUGCUUUUAAACUUAAAAUUUAUAUCAUGAAUAUAUUCCUACACACACACACACACACACACACACACACACACACACACACACACACACACACACACACA